AUUAUUCUGUGAAAGUGCGGGCUCAUAGUCUCAUACAAGAAUUUAAAAAUUUCAAAUAUCAAGAAAGCAAAAUGUUUAAGAAGUUUCAGGCAGAUGAAAACAUAUCUGGUGUAACUCAACUCAAGUCAUCUGUCCAAAGAAGCAUAAGAGCUAAACUAGUAGAGCAGUUUCCCGCCAUUAAAGAUUAUAUAGAUGGUAUUUGCCCCAAAAAAGAGUCGAUGGUUUUGAUUAAAUGCCAUGAUCAUGUUGAAAUAAUUGCUGUCAACUCAGAGCUGUUGUUUUUUAAACAAAGAGACAGUCCAUAUUUCCCAACACUAAGAUUGCUGCAUCAGUACCCAUUUAUAUUGCCACAUCAACAGGUAGAUAAAGGUGCCAUUAAAUUUAUCCUGAGUGGAGCAAACAUUAUGUGUCCUGGCCUUACGUCACCUGGUGCAAAUCUUAUUGAUGCGGAUAAGGAUUCGAUUAUUGCCAUUCACGCUGAAGGAAAAAUACAUGCAUUAGCUGUUGGAACGAUGACAAUGUCAUCACAAGACAUAGUUUCUGUCAACAAAGGAAUUGGAGUCGAGAAUAUUCAUUAUUUAAAUGAUGGUUUAUGGGAAAUGAAGAAAUUGGACAGAUGACAUUGUAACACGAUGUGGAAUUGAAUAAUUAAACUGAAAAUAUUUUUAAUUAUCGAAUACAAU